AUGUUCGGGUUCGGAUUCACUUUUGGAAAAACAGCGGGUUUCGUGAACAGGUACAUUGGGCUUGGUAGUUUUUUUUUCGACGUGGAAACUUCAGACGAAAUGACGGUAAAAGACUGCUUUUAACCUUUAUAAAGUAUUGAGUGUUCUAGGAAGGUUGGACUUACGCGUCUUUUAUUUAUCAGAUCAGCUUUGCUACCACAGCCAACUCAAUUGUUUCAGGUGAGAGUAUGAGCAGCAAAAAAUAUAUAAUCUGGUCGAAACUGUGAAGUUUAUCUAUAAAUGGACAAUAUUGACCUGUAAGUUCUCACCUUAAGAUCGACUUUUUUUGAUAUAUCAAUGUGAGGAUAACGCGAAAAGCCGCAUUUUUUUUUGAAAUGGUAUUCAAGUUGGUCGCUGUCAUAAUGUCAACAAGAAUUUGGAGAAUGGCAUAAUCUGACCGGCUCAAAAAAGAUCCCUUUUCUCGUUUUUUCAAUGAAAAUUUGUUAUUUGCUCUUUAUUAUUUUUUUUUUUCGAGAAAUUACUCUUCGUUGAGUAAGUUCCAUGAGCUUUAGCCUUGAUAUUCUUGAUAUCCUAACAGAUUCUUUUUAUUAUUUUUCCCGUUGCAACUGUUUAUAAUUAGAAAAAAAGUUUUUUUAGCCGGAAUGGCGGAGCGAGUUCGAUUGAAAGGCUACAUCGUCUUCUCCUUUUUUUCAUGCCUCUGGUACAUUCUUUUGCCUGCUCAUUGGCUCUGGGCGGAAGAAGGGCUGCUUUUCGAACUCGGAGUUAUUGAUUGGGCCGGAUGUGCUGCUGUGCUUUUGUCAUCCUUUUCAAUCAAAAUUGUUGUGCUUAAAGGUGCACCUCGUAGGCGGCAUCGGAGGUUUUGUAGCGACGCUCUAUUUGAAGCCCAGACAAGGAAGGUUUGGCAGCCGAGGAAAAAAACAACUCAGCAGUCCUACAAACGCAAUUCUAGGUGAAGAAGCUUACAUAUUUUGGAAUGACGAAACUUUAUUCAUAAUUCAUAAAUAUUUAGAAGAAAUUCUAACAGGUGGGAAUUGUUGGAACUUCUUUGAAAGUUUUUCGGAUCAUCUAAACUCAUAUCAGUUUGAAAAACCGGCUUCUAUAGCUUUUUUUCGGAAUUAUGACGCUCGAAGGCUUUGUAAUCAACAAUUUUUUUCAGUAAAAAAAUGGUUUAUUUAGUCAUUAAGCGUCAUAGCUUCGCUAAGAAUUUAAAGGCAAAAUGUUGUUUUCAUCCGAUUUAUAACUGGACACCUCUUUUCCAUUCAUUUUCAAGCACGGCUGGUUAGAAAAAUUUUCAAGGUUUUUUUCAUUAGAUAGAAGAACCCCAAUGAAUGAAGAUGUUAAAAUCACAUUCUCAGGUGCUUUCAUGCUUUGGUGGGGUUGGCUAGCAUUCAACACCGGCUCGACCUACGGCGUCAGCCAUGGGAAGUGGCAGCUGGCAGUCAAGUUUGUAGUCAAUUUGAACAGUUUCGCAAUUUGAUUGCAUCAAAGAUCCGCUGUGGCAACCAUUUGUGCUUCUACAGGCGGUGGUUUAACAGCCCUUCUCAUUUCCAAAGUUUUUGUCAAAAACAUCCAGGUGAGUUUUCAGCCCUCUCAUUCAUUUUCGUCAUUUGUUCAGGUGGAUAUGAUAAUUGAUGGCCUUUUGGCGUCUCUAGUUUCGAGCACUGGUAGGGAUUCAUACUCUUCUAUAAAGUGUAAUUGAAUAUUAUUCAGCAUGCUGUUCCUGUUAUACGACGUGGCAGGCCCUGGUUGUUGGGAGUAUUGGAGCUGGACUAGCACUGUUGACUUAUCCUGUGCUCGAGUGGCUUGAAGUAUAGUGAAAAAUUGAUUAAGGCAACGUUUCUGCAUUGAAAAAUUUUCAAGUGCUAACCGCUGAAAACUUCGAAUCAAAACCGAGACACCUCCUGAAAUUACACUUGUGGAUUUUCUCAGAAAUCUGUCAUGUUUUGAGAACCGAUAACUUUCAAUCUUCGGGCUUUUAAAACUGCUCAUUUUCCUAUUUUUCGAAGUUUUAUGAUUAAGAUCAUCUGUUUUUUCUACUACAAAAAGGUCAAGGUCAUUGUUUUACAGAAGCAUAAAUCCUUUUUUGUGCUCAGACUAAAACGAAUUUGAAAGAACUUUAGCUUAUAUUCAAGUAACGCUUAAAGUCUCACUGCAGUUUCAGAAACGCUAUUUACCUCAUUGGGCUUCUUCAGAUUAUUUUUAUAUGCAACAGCAGAAGAUUCAUUCAGGUAGACGAUCCAGUCGGAAUCGUUCCAGUUCAUGUCGUGGGUUCCAUCUGGGGAAUGGCCAGUGCAGGCAUUUUCGCUGAAGAGGAUAAACUUAAUGUGCUUUUUUUCAUUUAUUUUCAAAGAAAACUACUUUUCAUCAUCCUUUUUUAUGAUUUUUCAUGUUAGUCUUGCAGUGGGAAGUAACUCGUGGCAAGAACGGAUUACUCUAUGGCGGCGGAUAUUCUUUGUUACUUUCUCAGUUGCUGGCUCUUUUAGUAAUCUCUAUAUGGACUACAGUCAGUGUUUUGUUGAUCAUUUAUGUGAGUGAUAUAUUUUUUCUCCUCUCAUGGACUUUUGAGGUUUCAGAGCUUACAACACUCCAGAAUUGGAUUGAGAUUAACAAAGUACGAAGAAGAAAUAGGAGCAGAUUUGAGAGAACAUGGUCUCAGUGGACUAUCAGUCAACACUUAUCGAGUAGAGAAAAAGUUGUCCCCUGAGUGAGACAAAUUUUCAGAAAAAAAAAAUGAAGUCAUAAACUUUCCAGAAGUUUGACGAGAGUUGUGCUGUUCUUGAUGCGCUGGAGAGCUCGUUCGCAAGUAGGAGCCUUAAGGAGAAGAUUGGUGGGCAACUUCAUAUCUACCUUAUCGUUUUCAUUCAUAUCUUUUUACAGAUUUCUGGACAAAGCGAUUUAUCCGUUCAAACAAUUAAUGAAGAAAAUCAAGGGUUCGAACUUCGACAACGCUGAAAAAUAGACUUCUUUCAAUAUUACUCCAGUUUUUAAAAAGAAAAUUUUCGCAAACUGCAGCUAACUUGUUCAACGUUUUUUUAUCUAAUCGUUAAAAAAAUUUUUUUGAAAAACUAAAAGGUUCAUUUCAUCAAUUUACGCCUUUCUGCUGUGCUGAUUCGAUUCUGAUUUUGUUUUUUUCAGAUUGUUAAGUUUAACCUUUAUAAAUAACUUUUUUUAUUGAUAGAUUUUUUUGCGAACACAAAAAAAUCCAGAAGAUGAGCUGAAUGUGAGGUUUCAUUAAAAACCAGAGAAUAUUCAAAAGAAAUGGCUAUAAAACGUAUUAAGUGAUUAAAAUCUGCCCGGUGAUUUCCCAAAGAAUAGUUACCAUAAGUCCCUGAAAUCUCCUGAAACACCAACCUACUACAAACUAAAAAGACAAGAAAUAAAUAAAAAUCAAUUUGUAACUUGCGCGGAAAUCUCAACGAACUAAAAACAAAAAGGACAAAAAAAUGUGCAAAAAGAUGUGACAUUUCCGUAAAUUCGACUGAAAAAAAUAUUUCUCUUUUUGAUUUGAGCAGCAAUUAAUAACAGAAGAGCUUAUUUUAUUACGAGCAAAAAGAAACUUGAAAAAAAUAAAAAUCUUGCGUUUUGACAUUUUCGAGUUGUAAAAAAAGCUGAAAUGAAAAAAAUUCCUAAUAUCUGAUAAUAAAACUUUUCAAUUAAUGUCUUUUUUUAUUUUUUUCUUUGAUGAAAAAUAUUUAGUGAAAUGCCGAAAUAUUACUUGAAACAGAAAAAGAGUGAAAAAAAUUGAGUUCCAAGGUUUUUGAAUGGUUUUGGAGUUUGGUCCGCAAACACUUUUACGAAAAAGUGCUACUCAUCGCUUCGAAUUCUGUCUCACUGUAUUUGAAAAAAAAAUUUUUUUUGCCUUUUUAAGUGGUUUUUCUCUCAGUUAUUGAAUUUUCUUAUCUGCGUUUCAUUUUCGAUUUCUCUGAGGUCAUUUUGAUUGUUUUUUAACAUUGAGUAUUGACUUUAAAUUUGUUUUUAAAAGUGUCCUCAAUUUUGGAGUUUGGUGAUAUUAUUAAGCUAACCUUCAUUUCUUUUUCUAAAUUUUUCCAGUGUUUUUUUCAAAAGUUAGAAUACUCGUCUUUGUAUGGAAUUUAUUAAAUUUGUUUAUUACAUAAAAAUUUUUUAAAAUAACUUUUAAAAAUAAUGCGUUCCCAUUUCUUUUUGCUUUUAUAUUCAUUCAAAAAGACGCGAAUCUUUUUUUAUUUAUUUCAAUAUUUUUUUCUGAAUGUUUUUGUAUUUCUUGCCUCGCUGUUUUAUCAGUACAAUAUCUGUGUCGCUUUAUUAAAUUGAUCAUGAUUUCAGAAUGCCUUCGAAGAACGCAGUAAUUGUUACUCAAGUCUACUCAAAUAUUAAAAUCAAGGAUAUUCCAAAGUGGGAAGCUGGUGCCGCUUUUGCAAGUUUGUGACAUUUCAAUUUACCUGUUAAACAGAAAUAUUUUAGCUCGUGUCAUCGUGGAUCGUCUGACUGAACUGAUGGAUCAGUUUGAUCUACAACAUUCUUCCUUGACAUGGUGAUAUUUUCAUUAUGUUUUUUUGGGGAGCGGUAGAAAUUGUUGUGUCAUUUAUUGCUAUUCAAUAGUUAUACUAAAGGAUCAAGAAAAAAAAAGCCCGAAUUUAACAUCAUUCACAAAAAAAUGUUUCUCACAAGCUUCUGAAUCAACAGUCAGAAUGCACGUUGGUAAAAAGCUUAGUAAUCUGAAUAAGCGCAAGUUGUCCUUUUUUUAUUUCAGUUGAAAACAUUUUUGAACUAUUGUAAAUUUAGUUUUCUUGAAAAAAAUCCUUUUUGGCUUUCGAAAAAGGAAUGCGAAACAGUAGGUUUUUGGAAAUCAAAACAGUUUUCAAAAACCAAAACCUCUAUUGUAAGCCAUUUUUUUGCCGGUUUGCAAAAAAAUAAUUUAAAAAAAUACCUCAAUUAUCACACAGAUUAUAUUUGUUACGAACACUUCACACUUAUGAUCAACCAUCAGAAAAAAAACUUGAAUAAUAAGAAAAGCUACAAAAAUGUGAGACAUAAUAUUUUGGCCAACCUGAAAUUCAAACAAAUUUUUUCAGCCUCAGACGUCAAGCAGUGGUUAUUUCUUGCAAAGCGCAAGUGGAAGAACAAUGCGACAAGUUUUUAAACAUUUAAAAACAGUUUAGAACAACCGUAUUCAGGGUAAUAACACUCAAAAAGGAACAAGAAUUGCGUCCUGACGAAAUCGGUCGUGUCGUAUUUUUGCACGGGUAUUCUGAAACCAGAACGCAGGCUGAAGGCAGAAACGCCUUCGUUAACAUUCCGCCAGAGCUUCGGUCUCUUCCAACCGAUGAGAAGAAGAUGAGAAAAGAUCUCGUUGAGAACACGCACCUUGGAGAGUUCUAUGGUGCUAUUCUGCACGAAUUAUUACAUUCGGUUUGUUUUUUUAUGCUUAAUAGGGAUUUGUAAUUGGUUCUUUCUUUAAAUUCUUUCAGAACGUUUGGUGAUGUACCGAAAAUAUCAAAAGUUUCUGUUCAACUUCUUUGUUGUUCUCAAAGCUUGAAAACGACCAGUUACAACAAACUUUUGAGAUUUUCUUCAUCAUUUAGGUGACCUUUCUCACAAGCUGAGAAGUUUUGCGAGUCGAAACUUUCCGAAUCUUUUUAUGGCAAAAAAAUUGAAAAAAAUGAAAUAAUCAUCCUUGUCAGUGUUUUUUUCUCAAAAACCCAAUAAGAAAAAUCAAAACACAUGUUUUGUCGUGAUGAGGGAUUUGUUGGAAAAAGGUUUUUUUGAAAAUAGCUUAGAUUUUUUUGAUUUCAAACGAAGAACUAAUAUUAAAAACAUUUUUUUCAAUUUGUUACUUUAGCAAGGAGCUAUGCACUUUCGCUACGGAGUCAUGUCGGGAAAACUCAACAUCACAAAGUAAGUUUCCCUAUUUGAUCACACUUAAUAUUACUUCUCUUUCAGCUGGCUGUUCCCCGACAUUGCUGAUGAACGUUUCGAGAAGGGCGGCUUCGUUGAUCCUCAUACGCAGUGCCUUCUCUACUUCAGCAGAUUCACUCGCUUCCACGAAGAACGGAAACUUCCGAUCAUGUUCAAAGCCGACAAAGAUACAAUGAAAAUCACUGUUAAAUGCGAGGACCCAAUUGCGUUUGUCAGCUUUUUCAAAGAGUAGGUUUCAAUAUUUUCUAUUUUAAGCACAUCUUUUGAAUUGUUUCUUGAUAAUUUAUCCGUAUUUUUAACCGUAAAAAAAAUGAUACCAGCCAGCAAAUGUGUUGCUAGAAAAUUUGGAAACAAAGUCUUUGGUGUUUUUUUCGAGUCAUUGUUUUUUUAAAUCCCAUAAAGUAGAGCAAUUGUUUGCAAAAAAUAACAUAGUGAGGGAUUUUAAAAAAAAAUUGAAAAAGUGUUGAUGAAUUUCAAAUAGAAAGAAAAAAAUUGAUUAUUCCAUUUAAUAAGUUCUAAUUUUUGCAGCUCGAGCUAUACGGAGAACCACCAAUUCUUGCCACCAAAAGAUCUGGUCGAGUACCUGCCGAAAAAAGAUUUUGACGCAUUCACGGUGAUUACUCAAAAUGCUCAUCAGUUUUACAUCUGCCGUUCUAACCUCUAA